UGCUUUGAAAAAGAUAUGUCAAAUGUAGGGGCAACACAACCGUAGAAGAAUUGAGACACCGCCUUCUAGCCCUAUUUUGCAUGAGUGGAAUUGGAAAAUCGAAUCGUAUUAUAAGCAACUGGAUUGUGUUUGUUUACUUUUUUCUGCAAUCCAAAAUCGAGAUGUUCCCAGGUGCUAGCGAGAGGGAAAAUGUCAGGUGGAAAUGACGAAAUAAUAUCAGCUGUAAAUUAGUACCGCCGGUGUGGUGAAAACGCUUCUCCAGUGUUAUCUAUACACACAACUGCCGUUAACAGUGGACGGCGGGAGAAAAAUGGACGGACGCACCAGAUUUCUUCAAUCGUCUUGCAAGCCUUGAUCGUUCAAAUCAGGUGCUAGUGUAUGUAACCAUCAGCCAUUGAAGACUGUUAAAAUCUAUGAAACAAAUUUGGGACGAAAAUGGCAAUGGUGAUCGAGAGUGAGAUUUGGCAACCUCCACCGUGGUUGUACACAUUUCUAGUGAUAUGUUGUGGUGGUGCUAUAUAUGGCAGAUUUCAUGUUAUCCACAAACGUAGCAGAACAGUUCCGCAAAAUUUAGAGCCCUCAUCCAAUUCAUUUAUGUACCUUCCCUUGCCGUUUCUCUCAUUCCAGCGUUCCUUUUUGUGUAUCUACUUUCUGGCUUCUGUGGCAGAAGCGCUUCAAGCAGUUUAUGGGGAAUCUCUGUACCAGCAGUAUGGCAUUGGGAGGGAGGACAUGGCAUUGCUGUUUGCCUUUGGAUAUUUUGUCUCACUUUUGGUGGGCACGUUUUUGGGAAUUGCUUCUGAUUUCUUAGGCCGGAAGAAGGCUUGCAUAGUCUUUUGCAUCUUACACCUCAUUGGUUGCUUAGCUAGAUUAUUCAACAAAUAUCAUAGUCUAUUGAUGGGAACAUCAUCCAUAUCACUCGCCUCUUCCCUUUUCUCAUGCACUUUUGAAACAUGGAUGACAACUGAACAUGAUAAGCUAGGUUUCCGGCAAGAUUGGUUGAGUGAUACAUUCUGGACAAUGAGCUUUGGAGCAGCAGCUUCAUCUUUGGGAAGUGCAGCACUGGCAAAUACUUUAGUAAAUUGGAAGGGUCCACAUGGAAUGGCUCUCCCAUCAGCAGCAGCUGCUGUUGUUGCAUUUGUAUGUGCUAUUUUGAUUACCAAAGGAUGGGGAGAAAAUACGGCAACUUCCAAAAUCAAAACUCGAAAAAUAGUUUCAUCUUUGGCAUAUUUGAUGGCUGAUAAAAGGAUUUUGCUAUUGGCAUGGGUUCAAACCUGCUUUGAUUUUGCUGUCACAGCCUUUUGGUUUCUCUGGACUCCUACCAUUGUGGCUGAUGGACGAGAGGUUCACAUCAGUAUGAUCUAUCCUUGCUUGAUGGGCUCUAUAAUGAUUGGAAGUGUAGCAGCCUCAUGGCUACUUUGUGGACCCUAUUUUUGCAGGCCAGAAUUGUACCUCACUGCUGUGUUUGUUACUGCAAGUUUCUCCUUAGCAAUACCUGCUUAUGACUAUCAGGAGAUUGGACUGCUAGUGGCAUUAUUUUGUCUCUUCAAUGUCUGUGUUGGGAUCAUUUCUCCUUCACUGGCAAGAUUGAGAAGCAUAUAUGUUCCUAAUGAUCUGCGUGCUAGCAUGAUGAGCUUAUCUCGUGUGCCAGCAAAUGCAGUCAUUGUAUUUGUUCUGAUUAAGGGUGGCUACUAUCAUAAUCUGGACAACAGCACAGUUUUUACAUUCUGUGUAAUAGGUUUACUUACAGGGGCAGGUUGUUUACAUUUGUUGAAGCGAUGGAGCUGUGUAGCUAAUGGUAAUUUGGAUAUCCGGUGCAACAGAAUAUUUUCACUUAUGUCAAAAUUAAAAGGUCAUCAAUACGGACACUGGAAUUUGAGGUUGUCUAUCCAAAUGAAAGAGGGUGUUUAUUUUUCAUCUAAGGAUUCUAGGGGAAUUAUGGUUGUAGAACUCCAGUCAGUCAAUUGGAAAUCAUCAUUGGUCAAAAUGUGAUAGACAAAUAUACUGUGAAACUAAGGAUCCAUUUAUCUCCGCUUUUGCAGAUAAGCAGCCAAUGGAGAGACCUUAAAAGUUUUGGAGAUUUAUGUUUCAAAGAGAUUUGAUUUCCAAGAGUCAUCAGUUUUCUAAAAACCAACGAGCUAGAGGUUCUACUCUCUCAAUAUAAAGACCAAUGAAUGCUCGUUAGAAGGACCCAUUCUAUCCUUGAGGAGCAUGUGGAAGCCAAGCCACUGAUUUGCUUACCUGGGGCAUUGCAUUGGUAGCAUCAUUGAACCGUAUUGGAGUAUGCAGUUCUUUACUAGUGAUUUUCUUGGAGAAGCAGUGGGGCAUAGAAUAUGUUUGAUCUGUACGGUAAUCCAUACAUGUUAUGAAAUUGAUAUUUUUUGUAGUAAAUUGGCAAUUAUUGAAUGUACCUUGGUUAAAUAAUAACACAGUUACAUUUUGGUUGA